AUGUUAAAGAAUAGGAAAGCGGGGGUUACUGGGAUUGAACAAGGAAUUGAAGAAAUCAAAGUAGUGGAUAUCAAUGAAAAGGAUCUGAAUAUUAAUGAUCCUGAUUAUGAUGUCAAUUCCCAAGAAUCUGAUGAAAAAACUCCCGAAAAUGAAUUCGAUGAAAAACAUGGGGUCGGAGAUGAAAAUUCAAUUGAUUCAAGUUCUACACCUUUAGAUCAAAUUGAUACUUCUAGUAACAGUGAAGAUGUUGGGGAUUUGAUUGUUAAACGGAAAAGGAAGUUUUUACAUAUUGCACCCUUAAAUCUUCCCUUAAAUAGAAGAUUAGAAACAGUUGGGGUAAUUUGGCAUACAAUAUCAAUCCCUGCGUUCAUUAUAUUGUUUCUUGUGAUUUUAUCCCUUGGAUGGGUUUCUUGGUUGGUUGUUAUCUUACCAUACUUUAUUUGGUGGUAUGGAUUCGAUUUACAUACCCCAACUAAUGGGAAAGCAACUUACAGAAGUAGAGAUUGGGUUAAAAAUUUAAUUAUUUGGGAAUGGUUUGUUAAUUAUUUCCCUAUUAGAGUUCAUAAAUCUUGUGAUUAUGAACCAACUUUCUCCAUUGAACCUGUUAAAAUCGAUGACAAUGAAGAUGAAGAAGAUUUGAUCAAUGAGAAUUCCACUACUUUAGUUGAUAAAGUAUUUGAAUUUUUAAGGUUAGGGAAACGGUUGAAUUCGAGUGGUUCGGUUAAAGUUUGUAGUGGUCCAAGAUAUGUGUUUGGAUAUCAUCCUCAUGGAGUGAUUUCCAUGGGAGUUAUGGGAUUAUUUGCUACAAAUAUCAUUCGGAAUGAACCUUUUGAACCACCUUUGAAAUUCCUUAGAUUUUUAUUCCAUAAUCCAAGUAAAUUCAAACCUUUAUUACCAAAUAUCGGUAAAAUAUUUCCUUUGACCUUAACUACCCAAUUUACUUUACCUUUUUAUAGGGAUUAUUUAUUGAGUAUGGGAUUGACUAGUGCAUCAGCUCCCAAUAUUAAAUCUUUGAUUAGUAAUGGUGAUAAUUCCGUUUGUAUUGUUGUAGGAGGAGCCCAAGAAUCGUUAUUGAAUUCCAAUGUUUCUAAUAAUCCCGUCAAUAGGAAGUCAACUCCUAAAUCUCCUAGAGAAAUUAAAUUGGUUUUGAAUAAAAGAAAAGGAUUCGUCAAGUUAGCUAUUGAAUUGGGAAAUAUUAAUCUUGUUCCAAUUUUUGGAUUUGGUGAAGCCGAUAUUUAUAAUAUCAUUAAACCUAAGACUGGUUCUAUAGGUGAUUGGUUUCAAAAAUGGUUGAAAAAACAUUUCCAUUUUACUAUACCAUUUUUCAGUGCUAGAGGAAUUUUCAUCUAUGAUUUCGGAUUUUUACCUUUCAGAAAUCCUAUUAACAUUUGUAUGGGAAGACCUAUUUAUGUUCCACCAAAUUUAUUAGCUAUCGAAAAGGAUAAAUCCGAUCCUGAUAAAGAAAAUCCUCCUAAAUUGAAGCAUAAAAAUUCAUUCUUUAGACGUAAAAAAUCUAUCAAAAGACCUAAAGUACCCCAAGACAUUUUGGACCAUUACCACAAAUUAUACGUUGAUGAAUUAAAAAGAGUUUUUGAAGAGAAUAAACAAAAGUAUGGUUAUGAGAAUGUAGUUUUAAAUAUUGUUGAAUAA